UUUUUUGUUUUGUGUUACUUUGAGUACGAAAUAAAGUGCGGGAAUUCGGAGCCCUCGGUCGGCCGUUUUCGCGUGUGUUCGCGCGUGUUCGGGGAGCCGGUCGCGAUUCGGUCGGACGAGUUGAACGCGGCGGCGGGCGGGUACACGGGCUCCCCGUGGCCGCCGCUGGACCUGGACCCGGUGGGAUGGGGCCGCAAGCUGUACCCGACUGGGGCCACCCGAUCCUCAGGAGGUCUAAUGUUCGGGCUUCAUCAUCAAGAGGCGGCGGGCGUGCACGCGCAGCCCCGCGGCCCUGUGACGUCACUGAAGGAGGAACCCCUCACUCGAGCUUGGAUGACCCCCAGUUCCCUAGUUGACAAUACCAACACGGUGGGCGUAGGCCGCGCGCACUUCGAGAAGCAGCCGCCCAGCAACCUGCGGAAGAGCAACUUCUUCCACUUCGUAGUGGCGCUGUACGACCGAGCCGGCCAGCCGGUGGAGAUCGAGAGGACCGCCUUCAUCGGGUUCAUUGAGAAGGAUCAGGAGGCAGAAGGGCAGAAAACUAAUAACGGCAUCCAAUACAGGCUGCAGUUACUAUAUGCAAACGGUAUGAGACAGGAGCAGGAUAUUUUCGUGCGUCUUAUCGACUCCGUGACGAAGCAGCCGAUCGUGUACGAAGGCCAAGAUAAGAAUCCUGAGAUGUGCCGAGUUCUACUGACACAUGAGGUGAUGUGCAGCCGUUGCUGUGACAAGAAAAGCUGUGGCAACAGGAACGAAACUCCAUCAGAUCCUGUCAUCAUCGAUCGUUUUUUCCUGAAAUUCUUUUUGAAAUGCAACCAGAAUUGUUUGAAGAACGCCGGCAAUCCACGAGACAUGAGAAGAUUUCAGGUGGUUAUAUCCACGCAAGUGAUGGUGGAUGGUCCCCUUUUGGCCAUAUCGGAUAACAUGUUCGUCCACAACAACAGCAAACAUGGCCGCCGGGCGAAACGUCUAGAUCCUUCUGAAGGUAUUGACGCCGCACCAGAACCUUCUUCGGGUCUGUACCCACCGUUGCCCGUGGCAACGCCAUGCAUCAAGGCGAUAUCCCCCAGCGAAGGUUGGACUUCAGGGGGCUCGACGGUCAUAAUAGUGGGGGACAACUUUUUCGACGGCCUUCAAGUUGUGUUCGGCACCAUGCUUGUUUGGAGUGAGUUAAUAACAUCACACGCGAUACGAGUACAAACGCCGCCGAGACACAUACCGGGCGUCGUCGAAGUAACGCUGUCGUACAAGAGCAAGCAGUUCUGUAAGGGCGCGCCGGGCAGAUUCGUCUAUGUUUCAGCGCUCAACGAGCCGACGAUAGACUACGGGUUCCAGCGACUCCAGAAACUAAUACCACGCCACCCUGGUGAUCCUGAGAAACUGCCUAAGGAAAUAAUCCUCAAGCGCGCGGCGGACCUGGCAGAAGCGUUAUACUCGAUGCCUCGUAACAAUCAACUCGGACUUGGUGCACCACGAUCCCCCACCGGGAGUAUGCCCUUCAACUCGUAUACCGGUCAGCUCGCGGUGAGCGUCCAGGACACGGCGGCAUCGCAGUGGACAGAAGAAGAGUACGCGCGGAGCGGCAGCUCGGUGUCCCCGCGGUACUGCUCGGCCGCGUCCACCCCGCACGCGUACCCCCCGCAGCACUACCCCGCACCGCCCACUUCGCUCUUCAACACCACCUCGCUGUCCCUAGGUCCGUACCACCCGGCUAACAUGAAUGUACAAGAGUACUAUAAUGAGAAAGAAACCGACAAUUGCAUGGAAAGGAAUGAGGGCUAUAAGCGAGAUUGUUCCGAGCGCGAUAAGAGCGGUAAAGACAAGCCGAGAAGCGCUUUCGCCGUUGUCAGACAAAGUCCGCCUUUCCAACAAAAUUGGCAACUCACCGUUCAAUGAAUGGGAGGUCUUGUCUCAACUCCGUUCUCCGUCAACCCGUUCUCUCUACCGACCUGCAGCGCGCAGCAGUACGCACAGACGGCGCCGUUGGCUUCCAAGUAACAUUAGCUAUAAUAAACCACCGC